UCGACUCUCGAGCUAGGGCGGGGAAAAGAAAUUGGGGAGACGAUCUCACCGCCGUCCGCCGCGCAGGAGGGGCGAACUUUUCUCCCCAUCAGGCAAGUCCCCUCCCCUUCUCUCCUCCCCCUCCUCAUUGCUACCUGCUAAUUGAUCCGUGGUGUUCUCUGAUCAGCUUGGCUCCGACGGCGCACGGCGGCGUCGGAGAAGGAGAGAGUAUUCGUCCCCGCGCGCGGGUUCCUCUCCGCGGUUCGCCGGAGGCCUGCUGCUGCGAGCGAACGCGAACGGAGCUCCAGGAAGUCCAAGGCUUUGUCACCGAUUUGGGUUCGACUUUGGACAUGGGUCUGUUUUCCCGUCUUGUGUCCAAGUUUUCCCGUGCUCUACGUGCAUCAGCACCUGCAAAACCUCGUUCAUUCAGCGCAGAUGUAAGAGAAGCUUGCUGGAAUAAUGCUCCCAAGGUGAUUGGACGAUCUGGUGAUCGUUGGCGGCUGGAUGCCAACGGAAAUCCUGUCCUGAAGGCGCUAAAUGGCAAACAUGGUUGUUGUGGCUACGAAUUUGAUCAUAUACAGCCACACUCCAAGAGAGGCCCAAAUGAUCAGAGUAACUGUCAAAUCAUACAGACUGGCGCGAACAGAUCAAAAUCAAACCGUAUUCUUAGGAAAGACCAGAUGAAAGGUCUAUCCAGGACAAUGAACUGGACUCAUCCCCACUUAGACACCAUCGAGAUAGCUGUAUACGCCUCAGUGGAGAGGGAUGAUCUGAGCUGCACUUGCCCAACCAUCGACAACCUGUCUGAUGCAAACUUCAAAAAAAACAUAUGUGAACUUCCAGAGUUUAUGACCGAGGAAGGAAUUCACUGUCUUCAGGUAGCUGAUGCCAUGUCAAGAUUUAUGAGCAAUCCUCUCAAUGAGAUCACUUGUGCUGCUGAUGCGAGCACGCCCAACAACCUCACAGCGUCAGGUGCGCAAGUCCCCUGAAGCUUCAACUAAUCUGUACCAGCAGGGUAGCAGAGAAGAUUUGCCCAGGAUAAAAAGGAAAGCGAAACGGCAUCCUUGAUUGAAUGGCAAAACCGGAGUACAUAUCCAUAAAAGCAUUCUUUUUGCAUAUAAUCCAUACAGAAUACGAACAAUAUCUUGUUAGGUCUGCCAUGUAAAAGUUAGCAGUGGGAGACUCAUCUUGUGUCCGUCCGUCGAACUGUCGGUCUUCUUUGAGUUGCAGUCAGUUAGGUCCAACCAAACUGGUUGAGUGGAGAACAGAAAAAAAAAAACUACUGUACCACCAUUUUUGGUGUUUCUGAUAUAUAAUUUUGGCUCGGAUAUGCA